CACAGUGUGUGGGUUCAGUCACAAAGCAGUGUGUGUGUGUCUGUGUGUGUGUGUUCAUGAGAGAGAGUUCUGAUCCACCCUGCCAAUGCUGUAUCAGAAUGAAAACACACACACACACACACACACACACUGAGAUGGAGAGUGUGUGUGACUGAUGUGGUUUAUUCUCCCUCAGGAAGCACUCGACACAAACGUCAUCUCCAGUGACUGGUCAAUGAGAUGUGAGGUAGUUGGAUAUGAUGCUCCCCCUCCCCCCAACACUCCCUCUCAUGGACUCGUCCUCCAGCAGUAAUCAGGCAAGAGGUGAGUGAGGAUGAACUGGGCGACGUUCUACGCUGUGAUCAGUGGUGGUAGUCGUCACUCCACGGCUCUGGGGCGGGUGUGGCUCUCCGUGCUCUUUGUGUUCCGUGUGCUGGUGUUGGCCGUGGCUGCGGAGAGCGUGUGGAGUGACGAGCGUGAACAGUUCACGUGUAACACACAGCAGCCAGGUUGCAACAGCGUGUGCUAUGACCACUUCUUCCCCAUCUCACACACCCGCCUGUGGGCACUGCAGCUCAUCCUGGUAUCUAGUGCUGCCCUGCUGGUGCACAUGCACGUCGUGCAUCGAAAGCACCUGCAGAAGAAACUUUGCCGCCGCCACCCUGGUCCAGGUGAGCUGGAGCGGAUUGCUGCACGAGCCACAGAGAUCAGCGGUGCCCUCUGGUGGACGUACAUUCUCAGCCUGCUGGUGCGUGUUGCCUUUGAGUCAGCCUUCCUAUACCUCUUCUACGCCAUCUACCCCGGAUAUCGGAUGUUCCGCCUGGUCAAGUGCGAUGCCUAUCCGUGUCCCAACACUGUAGACUGUUUUGUCUCACGUCCCACAGAGAAAACCGUUUUCACCAUCUUCAUGCUGGCCGUCUCAGGCAUCUGUGUCCUUCUCAACAUCGCUGAGAUCGUCUUCCUCAUCGCCCGUGCUGUGAGCAAACACCUGAACUCUAGCAACCAGUCGCACAUGGGAGCCUGGAUCAGCCACAAACUCUUCUCUUACUAGAGAGACAUUUUAUUUUAGAGGAAGAACCUCUGCCUCAUCAUCACCCUCACACUGACACGCUCACACUUAUACACUUACCUUUUCCAUUAUUGUGAUAAAUAAACACACCACUGUGCGAAUUUUUUUAGCUAACAUUAAUGACAUUGAAUAACUAAUUAAGUUCACUAACAAUCUAGCUAACAUUAAAGCGAGACGGCCUUUCAAUUUCAUAAAAUCAGUAAAAUUUAGU